GCCGCACGGUUCAUCCGAAAAUACAACGUAACGUGUUUCAACGUUGCGAUUCACAUAUAACACAUCGGGACGAUCCGUUUUAUUUAUUUUUACUUAAUAAAUAAGACUCAUUUUUUUAUUACGUGUUAUCGCGAGUUUUUUCCUUCGUUUCAAGUUUUUUUAACAAACAUUAAAUUCACCCAUCAACGAUGUCGGUUAUUCUUUAAAUUUUGAAAGGAAUAAAAUCAGUUCUGUUCGGACGAGAAUUAUGGUGUGUUUAUUCGAAAAACAAGUGAUCAUUGACCAUUGAACAGUUUUUACUUAGUUCUUUUGUUUAACAUUGGUGCGCGUGUGUUCCGUUCUACGAGACAGCCAUCUUGGAUUUUUAUUUUUUACUCAAAUCGUCGCCACUCUUGGGGAGUUGAGUGUACGCUUUUUUCACGGGAGAUCGAAAUUUCCGGAGAAACUUUCGGUGAUGUGUCUGUUGUUGCCAACAUCGUUUCCCGAAAACUGGACUGAUCCGAAGAGCCACGCCGCGGUGUCAAUGUGCGCCGAGUGACGCGAUCGAAGAAUUAACGUCCAGUGAUAUGUCGAAGUGAAAAAAAUCGAAAGAUUCGUCGAUCGAUCGUUGCACCAAGGGUGCCUCGAGAUAAAAAAAUAUCUUCGGUGUCUGAGGGACCUAAUUAAAUUGUACGCAGAGGAGGCGAUCGUGCGGUUUCUCUCCUCGUUUUUCCUCUUGGUCGAAUUAACGCGUGGCACUCUACUCGCGGUACCCUUGUGAAGAGGGGUACGCCCGAGAUAAUCUCCUCCGUGUAUACGUAAACGAGACAAGAUCGUCAACAUCAAGAUAAGGGCAGCGGAGUCUGCGGUGAGGGAUGAGCAGGAACGUGGCUUGCCGUUAGUGGUGGACACCGUUUGCGAGGCAAACGGGCCCCACGGGCCACAAGGGGGCCCCGAGCAAGGCCCCCCAACGAGUUCAGCAGAUGCCAUUGAAUCUCGAGCGAAAGGGACCUUUAAUCGCGCGGUUAAAUUCACCGGCAUCGCCGAUCGUGAGGGCCCGAACCGAGAGCGGCCCUUCACGCUGGUACGUCCAGGUAGAAACGCCUUUUAUUCCAAGUCAACGAGAUCCAUCGACUCGAAAGACAUUUCUUCGGUAGACGUCGCCACGACAACGAGCCUCGCGAGCCAUUACGAUUCGUAUAAAUCCCAACAGCCGCUCGCCGUACACGCAACACUCGCGCAAUGCUGCUCGGAAUCUCUUAAACCUCAUUGCCCAGUGCGGCUUCAACGAACUUCGGGCGAAGACGGAGAAAGGGACGAUAACGUUGGAAUCCUCGAAAGCCCGAAUUCAAGUGUCAAAAGCCAUCGACGAAGUGAAGUUUUGGAGGAGUGUCACGAUGAACCGGUCAGCAGCAGUGAAAGUGAAGAUCCCGGGCGAGAUUGCGGUGAAUCCCGAGUAAAUUCUCUCGCAGCGCAAGAAUCCCGGACGCCGCUUUUAGCCUCGCCUGAGAUAAACGAUUCCGCCGUUAUUCCGACUUCACUCAUCUCAAAUCCACUCCAGGUUGAUGACCUUGCAACAGUUGAAACAGUCGUUCUAUCUCAACCCUACCUUUGCACAAGAAUCAUUUCGAAUCGUCAUCAUAUUCGAAUACCCGUGACCGCUUCGACGCGGUCAAAUUCCAAUUUUUACGGGUCAACGGGUGCCACCAAGUCCGAACGUAAAUUGGCCAAAUUUUUACAAAUCUCGAACGAGCGGGUUCGCAGCGUUAACGAAAAAGUUAUCGGUAUGGCUCGUGCUAUGACACCCGCUUGGUCGCUGCGCCUUCUAGGCGUGAGCUGCGGUUCGGUCGUUUGCGCCUGGGGACUUUUACUCGUGCUUUCCGUCCUCGGUGGCGCCUCCCAUGGUACCGGUGUCGGUAGUUAUGGUUUUGACAGCUCUGGAACCAUCGAGGAUAUCGAAGGCUCGACGAGGUGCCCUUGGGCCUGCGAGUGCGGCGGACAAGAACUCGAAUGCUCGCAUCGAGGACUCACCCAGGUGCCAGGAGAUUUGCCUGUUCUCGCCGAAAAACUAGAUCUUCAAAGCAAUAACAUUUCUGUUAUCUUCAAAACGGACUUCGAGGACAUGGCUGCUCUCCACGUAUUGCAAUUGUCCUAUAAUCAGAUUCACACAAUUGAGCGCGGUGCUUUCAAGGACCUGGUGGACGUGGAGAAGCUUCGCCUUAACAACAAUCAAAUUCGUUAUUUGCCGGAUACCCUGUUCAGCAACAUGAUGAACCUGAAGAGGCUAGACCUCAGUCACAAUCAAAUCGCCAUGAUCGGGCCUAAAACGUUGAGAGGGGUGACCUCUCUGAGACAGCUGCUGCUCGACAACAACGUUUUGACCUGCAUCGACGAGAGCGCCACUAGAGAACUGAAAGAUCUGGAGAUUCUAACCCUCAACAACAAUAAACUAACGACACUUGCGAAGGAGACGUUGCACAGUCUCACGAGAUUGCGAACGCUUAAACUCGCCGACAACUCGCUCGCUUGCGACUGCCAUCUGUCCUGGCUGUCGCGACAUCUGAAAAGCUUUUCUCGGCUCGGACAGCAUACGAGAUGCGCAUCACCGGCGGAUCUCAAGGGACAAAAUCUCGCAGAUUUGCAGGAGCACGAUUUCAAGUGCUCGGGUUUAGUCGAGCGAACGGGCUCGGAAUGCAGCGCUGAGCCUCAAUGUCCUCAUCCUUGCAUAUGUGCCAACGGAAUCGUGGACUGCCGUGAAAAUUCGCUCGAAAAAGUUCCUACUCAUCUCCCCGAGGACACCACUGAAUUACGUCUUGAAAAAAAUAAUAUACGUGAGAUUCCACCGAAAGCGUUUUCACCCUACAGGAAAUUGACGAGAAUCGAUUUGAGCAACAACAAAAUAAAGAAAAUUGCAGCCGACGCGUUUCACGGUCUCAAAUCACUCGAAUCUCUAGUUCUUUACGGAAACAAAAUUACUGAGCUACCCGGUGGUGUGUUCCAAGGACUCGGCAGUUUGAAAUUGCUGCUUUUGAACGCCAACGAAAUAUCCUGCAUCAGAACCGACUUGUUCCACGAUUUGAGCAGCCUCACGUUGCUCUCGCUUUACGACAACAAAAUCAAGUCUCUGGCGAAUGGGACAUUCGCAAACCUCAGCAAAAUCAAAGUUCUUCAUCUAGCGAAGAAUCCAUUUAUUUGCGACUGUAAUUUGCGGUGGCUCAAUCUCUAUCUUCAUGCGAAUCCUAUCGAGACAUCAGGCGCUAAAUGUGAUUCACCGAAACGCGCUGCCAAGAGGAAGAUCGACGCCAUGCGGGACGAAAAGUUCAAAUGUAAGGGCGAUGAAAAACUACUGACUAAAAGAGCGGGCGAGUGCAUUCUGCCAGGAGGCUGCCCUUCACCCUGUACCUGUAACGGAGCCACCGUCGACUGUUCUGACAAGAAACUCACAGCGAUACCAAAAGAUUUGCCUAUCUACACGUCUGUGCUGUUGCUGGGCAACAACGAGCUUGAUAAAAUUGAGUCACAUGGCCUCUUUGAGAAACUUCCGGAAUUGCAACAUUUGGACCUCAGGAGGAACAGGAUAACUCGCAUCGAGGCAGCAGCAUUCAAGGGAGCUCACAAAUUAACAGAAUUGCUCUUGUCGGACAAUAAAUUGCGAGAAGUUCACAAUAAAAUGUUCACCGGCCUCACCAAUUUGAAAACUCUUAAUCUCACUGGCAACGCGAUCACGUGCGUUAUGCAAGGAGCAUUUGACGGAAUGCACCACAUACAGACAAUUAACAUGCAAGCGAACCCUUUGUCGUGCAAUUGUCAUUUGGAGUGGUUCGCCGAGUGGUUAAGGAACAGAGACGUACCAGGAAUAGUUGGUCGUUGCCACGACCCACCGAGAUUGAAGGAUGCUCACGUCAGAGACAUUCCUAGCCACGAGUUCAAAUGCAACAAAGACAGUUUCGGUUGCUUGGGCGAUGAUUACUGUCCACCACGUUGCAAUUGUGCGGGCUCUGUCGUUAGAUGUUCGAGAUCUCAUCUGACCGAAAUACCACGCGGCAUACCACCGGAAACGACGGAAUUAUUGCUCGACGUGAAUGACAUAAAAACUAUACAACCGGAAAGACUCAGCCAUCUACGAAUGUUAACGCGAUUGGACUUGAGCAACAAUCAGAUUGGAAUGUUAUCGAACGACACGUUUAGAAACCUCACGAAACUCUCACAUUUAAUAAUAAGCUACAACAAGUUGCAGUGCGUUCAACGAAACGCCCUUGCAGGACUCAAGUCCCUGAGGCUAAUCUCCCUCCACGGCAAUGACAUUUCGACGAUUCCCGAAGGUGCUUUCGACGAUUUGGACUCCAUCAGACAUCUCGCUCUGGGCUCCAAUCCCUUGUACUGCGAUUGCAAUUUGCGUUGGUUGGCCGAAUGGGUGAAAAAAGAUUUGGACGUUGAGCCUGGAAUCGCAAUGUGCAAGGAGCCACCUUCGAUGAAGGAAAAACUUCUGCUCACUGCUCCCACCAGUUUAUUCCAAUGCAAAACCAAACAACAGCCUGCCGACGUAUUGGCAAAGUGCGACGUGUGUUACACCGUUCCCUGUGAAAACGGGGGAUUUUGCGAGACGUUACCGGACCGAAAAUUCCGUUGCAAGUGCUCGCCAGGAUAUCACGGGGACAGGUGUCAGCAUAAAAUUGACGCGUGCUAUGGAAAUCCUUGCAGGAACUCCGGAACUUGUAAAGUACUGGAGGAAGGAAGAUUCAGUUGCGACUGUAGCCCCGGUUACGAAGGCAUCAGAUGCGAAAGCAACGUCGACGAUUGCGCCAACAACAAGUGCUCGAACAACGCGACCUGCGUGGACCUCGUACAGGCCUACAGAUGCGACUGUGCACCGGGAUUCAUGGGAGAAUACUGCGAGGCGAAAAUACCCUUUUGCACAAAAGGACACGACCCAUGCGAGAACGGAGGACGUUGCGUCGACCACAGGACCCACUACAGCUGCGAGUGCCCGGUCGGCUUCUCCGGUCUCAAUUGUUCCACAAACUUGGAUGAUUGCGCUAAUCAUUUAUGCCAGAACGGUGCUACUUGCAUCGACGGCAUAAAUGAUUACGAGUGUAAAUGCGCGGCGGAUUACACGGGUAGGUAUUGCGAAGCAGCGCCAUCAACAGCAAUGUUAUAUCCACAGACGAGUCCGUGUGCUCACCACGAUUGUCAGCACGGUGCUUGUUUCCAACCAUCCCCUGGAUCUACCGCGGAUUAUCUUUGCCAGUGCCAUCCCGGUUACACUGGAAAACGAUGCGAGUACCUGACGAGCCUGAGCUUCGUGGACAACAGCUCGCUGGUCGAGCUGGAGCCGUUACGCACGAGGCCCGAGGCUAAUGUGACCAUCGUAUUCACGACGACCCAAGAGAACGGGGUUUUACUUUACGACGGAACUGAUCAGAACGGCGAGCACAUUGCCGUCGAAUUAUUCAACGGACGGGUGCGUGUUUCUUACGACGUUGGCAAUUAUCCAACAUCGACGAUGUACAGCUACGAAAUGGUUUCGGACGGUAAACCUCACAUGGCCGAAUUAAUCGCAAUUAAGAAAAAUUUUACGAUGAGAGUCGAUCGGGGCACCGCACGGAGUAUCAUCAAUGAAGGACCACGUGAAUAUCUCAAAUUAACGACGCGUAUGUACGUCGGUGGUCUCGCUCCCGAAUUGGCUGGCGUUGCCUUCGAACAAUUUCAUCUAAGAAACGUCACGAGCUUUCAAGGUUGUAUAUCGCAAAUGUGGAUAAAUCAUAAACUGGUGGACUUCAGCAAUGCUGCGAAAAUGCAUCGAGUCACACCAGGUUGCUCAUCCGGUGAAGAAGAAGCCGAGGACGAAGCAGGGAGAGACGCUGUCGAGCCUGGAGUCGUGAGCGCCGCCAGCAGCAUGGAAGAAGCUUCGAUGCAACAGGAACACGUUGCUCAUGAUCCAUCCGAUAUUAUCGUUUCGUCACCGGGGGUCAACGAUCCAUGUGUCGGUAACGAGUGCAGAAAAGGUUCGCAGUGCGUAUCAUCGCCGUUCGGUAACGGUUAUUCGUGCCGUUGUCAGACCGGUUGGCAAGGACGUUACUGCGAGAAAGCGUCGACCUGUCGCAAAAAGCACACUCGCGAAUAUUACAGCGAGAACGGUUGUCGUAGCCGACGACCGGUAAGACUUGCCAUAUGUUGGGGAAGUUGCGGCAACUCUUGUUGCCUACCGAGAAAAACCAAAAGACGCAGGGCUCGCUUGAUUUGUACCGACGGCAGACGUUACACGAAGGACGUUGACCUAGUGCGUAAAUGUACGUGCACCCGCAAGUGUUACUAAGGAACGCUGAACGAUUUAAAAAAUUCCAAUGUACCAAUAUAACUGAUAAUAACGAUAAUAAUAAUAGCAUUAAUAUUAAUAAUAUUAAUAAUAAUAACAAUACUGGUAACCCGUUCGUCGUGAAGCGUCACCCGAGUUCCAAGAAAAAUACCAACGAAAAACCCCGUUCGAUAAAAACAAAAAAUAUAGCAAGCAAGAAAAAAAAACGUAAUACGAAAAAAUAUCAGUGUCGCGCCUAAAACUUGGACCACUCUAUGACUUAUGAAACAAAAGAAAAAAUCCAAGGAAAAAAGAAACGAGGAAAAAACGUAACAUGACUCAUAUAGUGAGUGACGAAGUGCGGGCUAAAAGAACAAACGAACAGAAAACUAGAUGGACACACACAGCCGGCUCAGUGUGAUAUUGUAUUAUUAAGCGAGAUAUAUUAAUUACAUAGGAUAUUGAAUAAUUAAUUAAUAUUGACUGUGUUAAAUCAGCAAUGCAUAUUUGGUAUUUGUAUAAGACUAUAAUACGAUAAUCAACUUUGGAGGUUUGGAAUGUGGAUUGAAAAUAAUCCAGCGACUAAACUUCUAUUCCACGAACGAAUCAACAAUAAGUGAAUUUUCGUGCUAGAUCGAUGUGUCUAUUGCUAUCAGAAAUAACGUUUUUUCUUUCUUCUUUUAGUACGUUCAAGAUAGCACGAGACAAGAGGCCUAAGGCAAUUUUCUACUUUAUUGCGCGAUCCCCUUUGCAUUUUUUUCUUUAGAAUAUUCGAAUUUAUAUUACUAAAAAAGAAAAAAUUCUAUCCAAUUCAGCGUAAUUGCUAUAUUUUUAUAAAACAGUUUAUUUGAUGUAGAAAGGAAAAAAUGUAAUGUUUAUUUAUUCGAAAAAGUUCGAUAGUUCUCAUGUUAGAAUUUGAUAUUUAAAAUGCUGAACCUGCUUGGUUAGGGGAUAAAUGUUCGUGAUACUCUUAGCGUAUAUUAAGAGAAAAACAACCAUGAAAGUCGUAGACUAAACGAUCUAGCGCGAAAUAUCUUGAACAAAUAUAUAUAUAAAUAUAUAAAUAUAUAACGAAGGCCCCAACGCGUCGUUGCGUUCAAUACACGAAUUACAUGGUCAUGGUUGAAAAUAACGACGUACAUUUCACGUUCGUACUCAAACCAUGCACUACGCGUAAACGUAUCCAAUUAAUUUGACCGACAAAAACACAGCCAUGACGAUGACUAAAAAUAGUGAAUUUUUUUUUUAAUUCGAUAUCAACCUUCCGAUUUGAAAUUCGUUGCAUUUCGUCUCACUACGAUUAUGUGAACGCCGAAUUUAUUUCUCUAUGACGAACACAAAAAUUUGUUAUUCGUAAAAUUUACACUGCUGCUAAAGUAAAAGGAGAACUCCAACGAAAAUUUCCUUUCAUUAAAAUUUCAAUGGAUUAUUUAUUGCGAGAAAAUCUCUAUCUACAUUGUCAUUCAGUAGCAUUUUUCUAAAAGGUUUUUUUUCAUUAACUUCAAUUUAUUUAUCGUGUUACUAUUGAUGUUUUACAAUGAGUUGAUUGAUUUCUGAUGGAAGAAAAAUUUUCGUUUAAGAAUGACAUUACAUCCUCAAAGAAAACGAGAAACUAACUCGAAACUGUAUGAUUACCUUACUGCCAAUAUUUAACUAUUAUUUAUUUAAUUUUUUCGACAAUUUUGUAUUUACCAUUUCUCUUGAAAUACUUAUUAAGCAAUUGUAUUUUAUUAAGUAUACUCCUAUCACUGAUUAUGUAAUUUUUGACAAUUUUUCGUUUGGCGAAACAAGCCAAAUUUCGUCUGCUCGUGCCAAUUUUUCUUCAUAUUUGGCACAAAAAAUACCGUACAAUCGUUUUAUCAUCCAAAGCUAAUGUCUUUAACGGCCAUUGUGUAUACAAUACACAACGAUGAACGCACGGAAAACAAAAACUAAUUUAUUUUAUCCGAAGAAAAUGUUGCAUAACGCAAUUCAUUUUUACUGAUUAUCAUUUUUAAUGAGCAUAGCAAUGUAUUUGUACAACAUUUAAUCGGAUUUAUUUCAAUGUAACGAAAUUUCAUUUUAUAUUGAGCAUUUCCAUUUCUCAACUGGUUAAAUUGAUGAUUUCUGUUGAAUAAACAUUUUGAUGCAAACACAUUUGGACUAUUUGACUAUUUCGUGACAACACCACCCAAAUUUAUUGAUCAAUUGGUUUUUCUCUUAAUGCCACUAGAAUUCGACUCACGUCUGAAUUCAUCGUACAUUACGAACGUUAUGCGAUUCAAGAUUAUUUCUAGGACAAUAGUAUUAAUAGUUCAAUAAGAUUUUUACGUUCACUCAAAACUCAACGAGACAUGAGUCUACCUGUCACCACGUUUCAAACACGUUUUCGUGAUGAAAGCAGACAUUUUCGAAUGACCAUAAAAAUCAAGAAAUGCACAUGGUCGAAAAAAAAUUAAAAUUUCACAUAAUUUUUACUUAAUAUUUUUCCUAUCCUCCAAUGUCACAGAAAAUGAGAAUCCGACGCUGCAGCUCAACUAUUAGAUUUUGUGGUCAAUGUCUAAUCACGUUUGGGAAAUUUUUCAAUUCGACAUUUUUCAGCCAAAUUUAUUAAAAGAUAAUGGAAAAAUGAAAUUAUCUAAAAAUGAAUAAGAAACCCCUAACAAAAACUCUGACCAAUCUUACGUAUGUAGUAAUGAAAGCAUGUGGAAUAAUUGAACUAAAAAACGUAAAGGACAUUGAAAAAAUCGGACGAGUCUCCGUGGACAAUAAUAAAAAGUAAAUAAAUAAAAACAAUGCUAAAUGAGAAAAAAAUGUGUAUACCCGGUGUCACGAGGAUUGAACUUGGACACCAGGUGAUAUUGUGCUUCCUUUCAAUUCCCAUGUAUUUAGCGUUACGGAAAUUUAUUCCAAAUAAAUGCAAAAAUAAAAAGUAACGGAGAAAUAAUCCAAUUUCGUCAUUUUUUUCGAGCUCUCGAUAUGUAUAUUCCUCGCUGCUGUUGCAACUUUGCGAAGAAUCUUUGGACUCGAAAAAAAUUUGUUAAGACUUCAAGCGAGUGAACUUGUCCUUAAUAAAUUUUUGGACUGCUUUUUCUUUCUCAUAUUAUUUGACGAACUGUGUGUAGGCAUAAAGUAACUCGUCGUUGUCUUUCGAUGUCAAAGAGAACUUGAAGAAACGAAAAUAACCUCCAGCAACCUCAUCGUCAUUAAGCAAGAUAAUUUUUUAAAUUACAAACAAUAGUUGUAACAAACUAUUCCGUUUUGUCUUUUACAACGUGAAAGAGAAUCGAAUGAUACCGUACCGAAUGAACGGAAGUGAAAAUUUAAACCUCUUCUUGUGAGUCUGGACUGGUGCGAAUGUGAGAGCGAAUAUAUAAUAAUGUAUCAAUGAAAAACUUGAAAAUCACAAGUUUAAAACUAUAUUAAUGAAAAUGGUUGAGAAUGCAGAGAUGAGAAUAUUAAAAGUGUGCUUAAGGAUGAAUUGCACCUGCUUCGUAACAGAAAAAUUCAUUCGAUCAGAACUUAGAACUCUGAUAUUAGAACUAAAAGUUGAACAUAACUUCUGAAAACUUUGAUUUUUUCACAAGUGAAAAACUGAACAUUAUUGGUAGAAAAUUUCUGAAGCAUUUUUGCAAAAAUCAUCACCAGUGAAAGUAAUGAAAAACAAUUUCAGAAAGGAUCCGAGAAUGCCAAAAAACGUUACGAGUGUUGUGCAAAUAAGUCAAAAAAUUCAUUUAAUUCAGAAGAAAACUCACUCAACUACCUAUUAAGAAAAUUUUCUUGUAUUCAUAAUUUUUGGUUGAUUAUACAGUGUAAAUUAAUAUUGGAAAAGUUUUAAAAAUGGUCAAAUUUCAAUAAAUUAUUUGAGAAGUGCCGAGUUACUGAUUUUUUUAUCAAAUGAAAUUAGCGGUAUGAAUACUUGUGUAAUUCAUUCUUAGCACGAUGCACGUUUUACCAAAUAAACGAUGGAAUACUUGCAUGCCUAGAAAUAACGAUAUAGUUAAUACGAAGUAGCUCAUAAAUUUUAGAAUUUUAGGUUACAAAGCGAAAAAAUAUCUAUGUUUAUAUAUAAUGUAACAAAUUCUGGAAAUAAGAACGCUAUUAAAUAAAUGUAUUAAAGUUCUAAAAAAAAACAAAAAUUAA